AUGUCGCCCACUCAACUUCAGCCACACCCGACUUACAUCGUACUGUGGCUGUUAUCUUAUUCGCCACAUGCCAGUCAACUUCAACGACGAGUCUGGACUCUGAACGACGACAACGGCAUAAACCGCCCUCUCAUAUAUAGGCAAGUCGAGCGCAAGAGAUCGCAGAACAGCUUGAAACUCUAUUACUCCAGUGCGCUCCCCAACCAGAGCAAAGCUAGUCGACUGUCGACUUGUUACUUGUAUACCAGCAGCGCAAACUGA